AUGACCAACGAUUCUCCGGAGGGGGAGAUCCGAGCUCUGGGCGGAGGAGGAGGAGGCAGUGGAAGAGGAGGAAUCGCACAAAGGAGCCGAGCGGACGACAAUGUCACCAUCCUGACGUCCUCCAUGGAUCUCCUCAGAGUCGGCCGCAGCAGAGCCAGCAGCGGCACCGAAGCCGCCCCGAGCCUCGCGUCCUCCGUGGACCUGAGCACCGCUUCCAUGGAGCUGAGCAUCCAGACGCGCAUCUUCAAGAUCAUCGUCAUCGGCGACUCCAACGUGGGGAAGACCUGCCUCACCUUCCGCUUCACCGGGGGGAGCUUCCCCGACAAGACCGAGGCCACCAUCGGCGUGGAUUUCAGGGAGAAGGCGGUGGAGCUCGAGGGCGAGACCAUCAAGGUGCAGGUUUGGGACACAGCAGGACAGGAGCGCUUUCGUAAAUCCAUGGUGGAGCACUACUACCGCAAUGUCCAUGCAGUGGUCUUUGUGUACGACGUCACCAAGAUGAAUUCCUUCCGCAACCUACAGACAUGGAUAGAGGAGUGUAAUGGCCAUCGGGUCUCAGCAUCAGUACCUCGAGUCCUGGUUGGAAACAAGUGUGACCUUGUGGACCAAAUACAGGUGCCCUCAAAUACGGCACUAAAGUUUGCUGACGCUCACAACAUGCUGCUGUUCGAGACGUCGGCCAAGGACCCAAGGGAGAGUCAGAACGUCGACUCUAUCUUCAUGUCUCUGGCCUGCCGUCUGAAGGCCCAGAAAUCCCUGCUCUACAGAGACGUGGAGAGAGAGGAUGGGAGAGUGCGACUCACACAACAGACUGAGACGAAGAGUAGUUGUCCUUGUUGAGGAAAUGGGGGAGUGGGAGGCAUUAUCAAUGGGAAGAGAGAAGAGAAGAAAAGAAGAAACCUAGAAGAGAAGGAUGGGGAUGAUUGCAAAGCGAAGACCGAAUCAUCGUUAUCCAGAGACGAUGCUGAGGAUAGAAAGAGAAGAGGAAAAAGGGGAUGGGAAGUGACAUAUUUAUUAACAAUUCAGAAGAAGACAAUGUUGCCUUUAAGACUCUGGUGUCAUAUAGAAAUCCUUCCAAAUUUUCCAAACACAGACACAAGCAAUGCGCAGGAAACAUCACAAGUUAAACAUGUCGGUUAUAUGAGGGGGAUCCACAAUAAACUGAAACCUGUUCUGGCUCUGUGUUUGUCACAGCCUUUAACAUUCUGAGGCACCACAUUAGACCUUGUAUAUCACAGGCUAAUUUCUUUGUCUGUCAGUAAUUUUAAAUUUCAUCCACAUCCUAACUGAAAGCAGUAUUUCCAAACCUUUUCCUUCUGCCUUAAAAACCUGCCUGCAGUCUUGGAGUUUGAUAAACCAGUCUGGCAAAAGUAGGGUAGAGGUUUUACUUUUUUUAAGUAUCUUAAUCACUUGAGAUGAUCUUGGUUUAUACAACAGAAGUAACAACUUGUCGGCCUCUUAAAUGGACGACUUGAGAGGAAGAAUGACUCUUUUUUUUGUCUCUGCAUUUUACUGUACCUGAUAUCUACCCAUCACAACUUGACUUAAAAUCACUGUGAAAAUACAAAUACGUGGGAAAGGUGAGGACACAUGUUAGAGGAGCUCGGUGAGCUCAGACAAGCCACAGUAAGACCUGGAGAAGGAGGGUUCCUGAAAACGUCCCAUUUGGAGGCUGUCAGGCAGUAUGGCACAUAUUGAUUUAGAGGCUGUAAGAUCCUCUUACCCUUGAGCAGGAGAAAUGCUCUCUGGCAGAGAAGUGCCGUCAUGUCAAGGCUCCUCUUUACCAUCGAAUUGUGAUGUAAACACUCCUCUCCAUGUUUUCGCUGGGGUGGAGUAGCUAAAUCCAACUUUCC